GGAGUGAGUUUUAGCUUAAAUUACUGUAAAAGAGAAUGAGACAGGGGCAAAACAAGACAUUAGUACAAACCUGAAAGGGCCUCAACAUCUUUGGGGAGGGACAGGAAGGAGAGAGGUUUGAAUCUUGUGAGGGAGGGAAGAAGAGAAGAGAAGUAAAAAGUAGAGUUGAGUGAAGGAAAGAAAAGGUCUGCUGUGGAUCCUGGUCAGCACAGAGCUUCACCAUGGCCGCCUUGAAGGAGAAGAGGACUUGUGGGCAAAAAUGUGAAGACUUUGGCCGUUUUGUCUGGAACUCCGAUGAGGGGACGUUAAUGGGGAGGACACCAGAGAAAUGGGUGUACAUCAGUCUAUAUUAUGUGGCCUUCUACGUGGUGAUGACGUCCCUCUUUUGUCUGGCCAUCUGGACGCUCAUGUACACCUUGGAUCCGUACGCCCCGGACUACCAAGACCGGUUAAAAUCUCCGGGGGUAAUGGUGUGGCCGGACACUUAUGGGGAGGAAAUGGUUGAAAUCAACUACAACACAUCAUGCAAGAAAAGCUUGAAGAAGAUGACCAACAUCCUUAAUGAGUUCCUGAAGCCCUACAACGACACCAUGCAGCUUGAAUGUAACAACUAUAACUGCACAAAAGGAAAGUACUUCAUCCAGAACACCUUCACUGCCCCGCACCACACCAAGUGGGCAUGCCCCUUCAUGCAAAGCAUGCUGGGACCCUGCUCAGGAUUUGAGGACCCAACCUUUGGCUACAACUGCACUAUGCCUUGUGUCAUCAUUAAGAUGAACAGGAUCAUCAGCUUUUUGCCAACUAAUCACACUGGUCAUCCCCCAUAUGUCAACUGCACUGUACUGGAGGGACAAGACAAUGUGGCCAAAAUGGAGUAUUUCCCUGAAGGGGGAGCUAUGGAUCUCUCUUACUUCCCUUACUACGGAAGACUGGCACAGCCUACUUACGUCAACCCGUUGGUGGCUGUUCGGUUCAGCCUGGUUGGAGAGAAGCAUGCCAAGAUCCAGUGCCGAGUGGUCUCCCACAUGAUCAGCUACGAAAACUUCCACGACCCCUACGAGGGAAAAGUCGUCUUCUACCUCAAAGCAGUGAAAUGAUAAGCAGAAGAGAAGAUACUCAGAUAUCCCGUAAUCACGUAACAACUAACCUGCCAGUAUCAAAGAUAGAGCCUGUGUCUACACAUCAAUAUUUAACAACCUUUAAAGCACUUGUAUUGAACAGUAUAGGCCCACUUGUAAAUGUCUGUGUGGUGCUUUUAUAGACAGGAUUUGUCAUGCUUUGCUGAGUGAUUCAUGACCUUCUCUGUCAUCUGAUUUUGGGAUUUUACCCAUGAUAUAAAAAAUAAUAUCUUUAAAUCUAUGUGUUGUUAUGUAAUCUGAUGCACGCUAUAGCAAACUUGCACAUCUGUCUGCAUGUGUCUCAACAAAGUAUACAAAAAUCUGAGUAUGUCAAAGGGAAACUACUCGACUCGAGGUGGAUUUGGGAUUUUAAAAAACACUGCAGAACAUGUUGCCAAAUGUAGCUACUGCAUUUUGAAAACAUCUUUCUAAAUAAAAACUAAUUCCAAGUUUU